CCCGCCGCCUCAGAAAUGGCGCCAAAGAGGCUCGCCCCGCCCCCGCGCCCGCCCGGCCAAUCGCCGCGCCCGCCCUUCCAGGAUGCCCAGAUGCGGAGAGAGGAGGGGGAGGGGGAGGGACGGACGGACGAAGCGAGCGCGCGUGCGCACAGUGCCGAGAGGGCCUCUCCGGGAGAUGUUGCGCCAGCUGUUCGUGCUGUCGUCCAAGGGCGACCGGCUCCUCUACAAGGACUUCCGCGGCGACGGGACCGCCGACCUGGUGGAGACCUUCGCGCGGAGGAUCGCGGCGCUGCCCGCCGACCAAGCGCCGGUCUUCAUGGAGGCCGGCCCGGGGCUCCACUUCGCCCACGUGCGCCACGCGGGGCUCUUCUUCGUGGGCACCUUCCGGCCCGACGCCUCCCCCUUCGUGGCCGUGGAGUUCCUCGGCAGGAUUACGGUUAUAUCCAAACCACCGCCCCGGACGUCCUGAAGAGCUUCAUCCAGAUGGACCCAGUGCUCAGCCAGCCCUUCAGCCUCUUUGACCUCAGCACGGUGGGCUUGUUUGGGGCAGAUACACAACAGAGCAGAGUGGCACCCAGUUGUGCAGCUGCUCGUCCAAUCCUGUCACUUCGAGGAGAGCAGGUUUCACAGCCUGAAGUUUUCCUGGAUGUAGUGGAACGACUCACAGUCAUCAUUGCUGCCAAUGGCACUCCCAUGAAAACUGACAUCCAAGGAGAAAUACGGCUCAAGAGCUUCUUUCCCGGUUGCUCCGAGAUGCGGAUUGGCCUGCCGGAGGAGUUCUGUGUGGGCAAGACGGAGCUCCGAGGUUAUGGCACAGCUGUCCGCGUGGACGAGUGUUCCUUCCACAGUUCUGUUAAACUGGAUGAAUUUGAGUGCAGCCGCAUCCUCCGUGUCAGUCCCAGCCAAGGGGAGCUGACUCUGAUGCAAUACCAGCUGGCUGAUGACAUCCCUGCAGCCCUGCCCUUCCACCUGUUUCCCACCAUUAAGCACGGCUCCUGUGGCCGGGUGCAAAUUUAUCUCAAGCUUCGCUGUGACUUAUUUCCCAAAAGCCAUGCUGUUAACCUUCACAUCCAUCUGCCUGUGCCCAAAACUACACUGACCUUUUCUCAGGAGUUGAGCAGUCCUGAACAGACGGCCAUCUUGCAGCCUACCACCAAGUCUAUUGAGUGGAUUGUCCCCCGAAUGCAAGGUGGUUCCCAACUUUCUGCCAUGUUUAAGCUGGAGGUUCCAGGGCUCACCCAGGCAGGACUACGAGAGCUCGGCCCCGUCAACCUGUCUUUUGAGAUGCCAGCCCACACCUGCUCUGGGCUGCAGAUCCGCUUCCUGCGCUUCAAAGGGCCAGAGCCUACUCUCCCUCACCGGUGGGUGAGGUAUGUGACUCACAGCGAGUCCUAUGUGAUACGACUCAAUGCAGGAUAGGCUGCCUCCUUGUUAUUCCAAAUUAAACAGCUUUAUUUUUUAACUAGUAAGUGUAAACAGUCAAAGCCAUGAAACCAGGGAGCAUCCUGCGUGACCCCCAUUAAACAGAGUGCAAAUCAAGGAAGCAAGCAAGAGCAA